AUGUUUCAGCAUGGUCGGCUGCUGUGCUUCUUCGAUGAGAACCACUGGGGCAAUUUCCAGCGUUACGAGGGUGCCACCCGAGAAUUGGACUCCGAGGAGGAGGAAGAGUUGCUGGACUAUCUCAACGAGAACUAUGAGCACGGCGCCCAACGCUUGGCCGACCCCGAGGACGGCGACCUCGCAGGCUACUUGCGCGACACCAACUGGCCGGGCGCCACUAGUUGCGCGAUGAGUCAUCUUCGUGGCCUGGUGAAGGCUGCGACGGACGGACACGAGUUUGCCUUGGUCUUCGAGGACGAUGCCGUCAUCCCAACCUCCGUGGCCCGAAAAAGGGGUUGGUGUGAGACCUGUCCGGGGAAUCUGUGCUUUUGCCCAAGCGCUUGGGCCUUUUGCGUGGAAGAAGCGGUGCAGCUCAUGAGACGGGCACCUCACCUGGACUUGCUCUACCUGGGCGUUGGAGAGGCCUUUGAGCCGCAUGGACCACAUGAAGGGAUCCUCUCGGACGACAGCGACGAGGAGCUGGGAGGCAUCACCGAGAUGGGCUAUACCUGGUGCGCCGAAGCCAUCCUCUACGCGCGCUCCGCCCUGCAGGACGUCCUGGCGCUGAAGCUGCAUGAGCGUCUCUGGGCACAGGACGAGACCAUCCCACAUCUCUACAGUCGAAAGCCGUGGAAUCCGCGCUUCAUGGAGUCUUUGAAGCAAGUGGGCUUCCAACGGCGCUGGCUGGCUGGAGCUCCUGCAGAGGAUGUCGAGGAGGGCUGGAUUCAACAACUGGAAUUCUUCAAAGAAGAGUUGGACUCCGCUCAACUGGCCUUGGCGUGGCGCUCCUCGAACUCCUCGGAGCUUUGA